AUGGCCCUGGACGCGUCCGUCUUCGCGCGCGCGCCGCGCACCGGCGUCGAGGACCUAGUGGGCGUCCGCGCGCUCGUCGGACCCGACGGACCGUCGGGGCGGCCUGUCGUACAGUAUCUCGUCAAGUGGCAGGAUGGAUCUCCGGACACCUGGGAACCGAUAGACAACCUGUCCAAGGACCUCCUGCGCGACUUCGAGGCCAAGUGGUGGAACACGUGCAAGAAGGGCGACGCGGCCACCAUGAAGGAGAUGCUGUCCACCGGCCGCGCCGUGCUCGCCAACACCCUUGACCUCGAGCGGCGUACUGCGCUGCACUUCACCGCGGCCGUCGGGUCCGCGGAGUGCACGCGCCUCCUCAUCGACGCCGGCGCCGAGGUUGACGUGGCGGACAAGGACGGGUACACCCCGCUGCACAUGGCGGCCGGGUACAUGCACGUGUCGACGGUUCGCGAGCUGCUCGAGGCCGGCGCGGACCCCGAGCAGCUCGACCGGGCGGGGCGGUCCCCUCUGGAGCUGGUGGAGGGUCUGUGCAAGAACAUCGAGGCGCGGAACGACCCCUCGCUGCUCGGGCGGCGCAAGAUGCUCGAGGACGUGCGCGGGUUCCUCGUGGAGAACACGUUCGAGGACGUGCUGCCGCGGGCGGUGCUGGAGGUGCGGUCGGCGGGCGGGGACAAGGACGCGGGCAAGGACGCGGGCGCGGAGAGCGAGAGCGAGGAGGCGGACACGGCGGGCCUCGAGUACCUCGUGGAGUGGGAGGACGGCACGGACCCGAUGUGGGUGCCGCACAAGCACAUGUCGGAGGAGGUCAUCCAGGACUUCCAGCAAGGGCUCGAGUACGCGUACGCAGUCAAGUUGAAGGGGCGGCGUGCGCCCGAUGGCGGGGAGGAGGAGGAGUUCUUGGUGGAGUGGAGCGACGGGGCGCCGGAGACGUGGGAGCCGCGGUCGCACAUCACGGAGGACCUCGUCGUGAUGUUCGAGGCCGCGGAGGCCGGGAAGGACCCGAUGGAGGCCUGGCGGGCGUGGUUCGAGGGGCAGGGCGGGGACGGGAACGGCAGCGGCGCGGCCGAGGGGCUCGAGGCGAGCGGGCUGCCGGACCUGGCCAGCCUCGCCUGA